GGAAUUGGCAAUCCGUAUAGGUGUGAUGGACUGUGCCGAUGAGAAGAAUUUUGCCGUUUGUGCAGAAUAUGGCAUUCACUUCUAUCCAACCUUUAGGUACUUCAAAGCACUUGCAACCCAGUUCACAACAGGAGAAAGUUACAAAGGACCAAACAGAGAGUUAGAAACAAUGCGACAAAUCAUGAUCGACUUUCUACAAAAUCACACUAGUGCAAACAAGCCCCCUGCUUGUCCUAUGCUGAGCACAGCAAGCUCUAGUUCUGUUCUGACUUUAUUGGGAAAACACCAGAAGCACUAUACAGCUGUUAUAUUUGAAAAAGAAUUUUCCUACAUUGGUCGGGAGGUGAUACUUGAUUUGAUGCGGUAUGAAAAUAUUAUUGUAAAACGAGUGUUGGAUACAGACAAAAAGUUAAUGGAAAAACUUGGUAUCCGUUCAGUGCCGUCUUGCUACUUGUUUUACCCUAAUGGCUCCCAUGGAUUAAUUUACAUGCAGAAGCCUCUACGAUCAUUCUUUUCUUCAUACUUAAAGUCAUUGUCAGGAGUGACCAAGAGACAGUCUUCACAAUACACUGCACCUGUUGGGCAGAAGGAUGAGGCAAUGAGUCUGAUAAAGCCGUGGAAGUCUUUUGAUCGGAAUAAGGUGUAUAUGGCUGAUCUGGAGUCUGGUUUGCACUAUAUACUACGAGUGGAACUUGCUAGUCACAAGAUAUUGGAAGGACCAGAGCUAUCUACGCUUAAGGACUUUAUUACAGUCCUGUCUAAGCUGUUCCCUGGUCAGCAACCAGCAGUGAAGUUACUGGAAAUGCUGCAGGAGUGGUUAGUGAGCCUCCCGUUGGAUAAAAUCCCAUACAACGCAAUCCUCGAUUUGGUGAAUAACAAAAUGAGGAUAUCUGGAAUGUUUCUUACAAAUCGUGUAGAGUGGGUUGGCUGCCAGGGCAGCCAGCCCCAGUACAGAGGUUACCCAUGCUCACUUUGGACACUCUUCCAUACCUUGACAGUACAUGCUGCGACACGUCCUACAAUGCACAUCCUUCCUGGAUUCGACAGCACUCAAGUAGUUCUACAGGUUAUCAGGAAAUACAUUCAUUAUUUCUUUGGAUGCAGGGAGUGUGCACAGCACUUUGAGGCGAUGGCAAAAGAAUCUAUGGAUAAAGUGACCACACUGGAUGAUGCCAUUCUCUGGCUAUGGAGAAAGCACAAUGAAGUGAACAACAGACUGGCAGGUGCUCCAAGUGAGGAUCCAAUGUUCCCUAAGGUUGCAUGGCCAACUCCGAACCACUGUCCCACAUGUCAUGAAGAGAUUAAGGGCCUUCAUACGUGGAAUGAGAAAGAAGUUCUAAUAUUUUUGAAGUCUUAUUACAGUGUGGACAACAUUUCCUUGAAAUAUAGUGAAUAUGAAUUGCAAGCCAAUAAGACAAAAAAAGCAGCUCUAGAAAAUAAUCAAAGUGAGGUUAAAAAACAAGUACCAUAUCAACUGGGUAAUGGCCAUAAGGAACAAAAUGCCAAUCCUCAGAACCCAGCCCAAAACCCGAGACUUGGCGCCUUGAUAAAACAAGAGAAGGGCGAUUUGGCUGAUAGUAGCCAGAAAAGAAUUUCAUUUCACCAGGAAACAGCCAGUCUGAAGAAAGAGCUUAAACAAUCAGUUUCAUUUUUUGGAAUUGGGUUUUCCAAUGUAGACAUGAGUUUGUGUGUCAUGUUAUAUGCAGCAUCAUGUUUUUUCAUAAUGGUCAUGUACUUUUACUUUCAAAUGAGGUCCAAAAAGUGGAAAACCAGACAUGUCUGUCCUGUCGUUUUAUCAUUUAUGAAGAAAAUUUCUGCUGUAGUCCGAAAUACAAUGCUGCUGGAACAUCCUGGACCUACAAGCUGCCCGAAAUCGACAGAGCGCCCACGGUUUAACGGCGGUGCAGGUGACUUUCUGUAUGUGUGUUUGUGCGCGUGUGACCGUCUGCCAAUCUGCCCCGGCAGCGACUUUGGGUUUGGGGCAGAAAUGGAUGCUGCUACUGAGCUGAAGCCAGGGGGGAAUUUAAACACGGAUGCGCCGCACGACUUCCGGACCCAGAAUGAUGAUCUGCGCAAAGAUAUCCCACUGUGUGCCGGCUGCAAUCAACACAUCGUGGACAGAUUUAUUCUGAAGGUCCUGGACCGUCACUGGCACAGCAAGUGCUUAAAAUGCGGCGACUGCCAGAAACAACUGACGGAGAAAUGCUUCAGCCGAGGAGAUAGCGUUUACUGUAAAGAGGAUUUCUUCAAGAGAUUUGGAAGGAAAUGUGCUGCUUGUCAGCAGGGAAUCCCUCCUACCCAGGUGGUCCGGAGGGCGCAGGAUUUUGUCUAUCAUCUGCAGUGUUUUGCUUGCAUCAUUUGCAAACGCCAACUUGCCACCGGUGAUGAGUUUUACCUCAUGGAGGACAGCAGACUGGUCUGUAAGGGAGACUAUGAAGUGGCAAAGCAAAGAGAAGCAGAAACCAAUGCCAAGAGGCCCCGAACCACAAUCACUGCCAAGCAGUUGGAAACUUUGAAGAAUGCUUAUAACAAUUCCCCCAAACCAGCUCGCCAUGUGCGAGAACAGCUUUCAUCUGAGACCGGGUUGGACAUGCGUGUGGUCCAGGUAUGGAAAGUUUUUACUGGAGUUUUUACUUUCUUCAAACUGUAA